AUGAGCUCUUCGCAUCCCACACCCACGUUUAAAGUUGGCCUCACGCCAGAGGAAAAGUCGUUGUAUACUCAGAUCUUCAAAUCAUUGGAUCCUGAAAAUACUGGAAUUAUCACCGGUGAGAAAGCACGUACCACGUUCGAGAAAUCUAAUUUGCCUCCGGCAAUUUUGGGUGAAAUAUGGCAACUCGCUGAUCAGAACAAUUUGGGCUUUUUGAAUCAGUUUGGCUUUUGCUAUGCCAUGAGAUUGAUUGGAUACACACAAGCGGGAAAUCAUCCAGCACCAGGCUUGGCUGACACACCUGGUCCAUUGCCGAAAUUUGCUGAUUUGCAAUUGCCUCAGUUGCAGCCUCAAUCGACCAGCAACUCGUAUUUGUCCAGUCAACCCAACAAUACCGUUCCGGGAUCUGCCACUCCACAAGAAUCAAUCAAUGCUGUCAGUGCCGCUGACUAUCAGAGAUUUUCUCAGUUGUUCGCUAAAACGGUAGGAUCAGUACAAGGUGAAUUGAGCGGAACGCAAGCUAAAGACAUUUUCUUGAAGGCAAGGUUGCCUACAGCAACAUUGGGUCAGAUUUGGAGCUUGGUCGAUAGAAACAAUUCAGGUGCAUUGUAUGUGGGUGAGUUUGUAAUUGCAAUGCACUUGGUGCAAGGGGUCUUGAGUGGUCGUAUUAAGCAAUUACCGCCAUUUCUUUCAGAUAAUGUUUGGAAGUCGGUAGAGAGAAGUGGUGGACCAAUCUCACCACCACCUCCUCAGUCGCCAAAUUUGUAUCAACAGUCCUCUCGUCAAGCUUCCAUUAGUUCUCAACAAACCGCAAUUAGACAUCCGCUUGCUGAUGAUUCCAAAGCGGAUGCUGGCGGAGAUUGGGUGGUGACUCCGGUGAUGAAAGCUCAGUAUGAUUCCAUAUUCAACAACCUUGACAAAGAGCAUGUGGGUCAUUUGAACCCAGAUCAGGUUGCGUCAUUUUUGAUGACAUCUAAGUUGGAUCAACAAGACUUGGCCACUAUAUGGGAUUUGGCUGAUAUUCAAAACACUGGUCUUUUCACGAAAUUGGAAUUUUCAAUUGCUUUGUUUUUGGUGAACAGAAAAGCUAGUGGUAAGAGUUUGCCCAAUGUGAUUCCAGACAGUUUAAUCUCAUCGAUAAAGAGUAUUGGGUCCAAGCCAGUGCCACCUCCAACGAAAGUGAAAUCAUCGAUGGACGAUUUGGUUGAUGUUUUUGGUAGUCCAUCUCCUCAACCUCAAUCACAGCCAGCUGCUCCACCUCAAUUACAAGAAAGGGCAUCUAGUAGUGAUUUAUCUCACUCAACAAAGCCUCGUUUGACAAGCUCUUUCAAACCUACUUCAACAUUUGGCCAAUCGUUGUUGAAUCAACAAUCACCUAAACAAGAAGAGAUAAAGGAACAAGUUCGUGAAUCAGCUCCAAUUACUACUCAAUCUUCUCCUCCACCUCGAAAACAAGUUAAAUAUGAAGCGUUGCGCAGUGUGCCACCUCCACCGGCCACUAGAGCCACCACAGAUAAGCAUGUUAACAAUGAUUUAUUGGCCGAUCCUGGACACUCGGAACAGUUAUCACAAGCAACUUCUGACUUGGCAAACGUAUCAAAUCAGAUCAAUUCCCUCAGAACUCAAACAACAAACUUGGAUGAAAAGAAAUCUAAAGCUGAACAAGAGCUCCAAAAAUUGUUGAAUGCCAAAGUCGAGUUUGAAAACAAACUCAAGCUUUUGAGAACAUCAUACGACAAUGAGGUUAAGCAAGUCACAGAAGUAGAGGCUAAGUUAUCCAAGGCCAAGGAGGAAGCUGAGGCCUUAAGAUCUGAGACAUCAAUCGCCGAGGCAAAACUCCACUCCAUAUCUACCGAGGUACACGAGAAGCAACUUGCAGUUGAGGAAUUGCAAAAAGAGAAUAUUACUGCUAAAGAAAAAUUGAAAACAUUGAAUGCUGAAACAACUCAACUUGAAGAACAAUUAAAACUUAUUAAUAACGAGGAGUUGAGAGGCCAGGUUGCUGUGAAAAAGUCACAAGCUCAGGUAGUUAUCGUUAAAAAUGAGGAGUUGAGAAGUCAAAUUGCUACAGCGGAGGAAGAGCACAGACAGUUGCAAGAGGAACUCAAUCAACAAGAGAGAACCAGAUUGGAAGAAGAGGAGAAGCAAAGACAAUUACAGGAUCAGUUGCAAAAACACACCCCAACAGGGUCUGAUGCAGGUGUCGUUGCGGGGGCUGUCGCGGGUGCAGGAGUUGUUGGUGCAGCCGUUGUUGGUGCAGUCAAUACCGUUUCUAACCAUCUUGGAGCUUCCAAGGACGAUGAAUCCGUAUCCACAAUUGAGCAGGAGAAGAAUGAUAAGGCUGCUACAACAAAGGGUUUGAAAGGGUUGUCAACUGAUUCUGGCAUUGCUGAAGAAGAUAAUGAAGACACCCCGGUUACUUCUUCCAAUUCUGAAACCAAAUACCCUCACAACGUAGCUGGUGGAUCGGUUGGUGCACCUGCUCCUUUGUCUGUUAGGGAUAAUGAUAGUGUUGUUGAACAAGAGGGACCUGAGGGCAGUGCCUCUUCCUUUGAGAUGGUGGAAGAAAGAGAAGACGAGUUCCCGCCUAUUAAAGAGCUAGAGUUGCAGGAGAGUGAUUCGGAGGAAGAGGAGUCUCAUUUCGAUGACGCCGUUGACAAUUUCAAACAAUCGAACCAACGUGGUAACGAGGAAGCUGCAUUUGACGACGAUAUAUUCAAUGAUCUUCAGCCAGCAACUGAAGAUGUGGAUGAAAAUUUUAAUUUAGAACCUGCUCAUGUGGAUAAUGAAGAUACAACAGAGUUUGAAAAGUCCGAUGAUGCAAACAAGGAUGAAUGGGAACAACUAUUUGCUGGAUUCGGAAAUUCUUAA